AUGGUCCUCGAGAGAUUGAUUUCUCUUCCAUGCGAUCAUAGGAGGAUCUCUAGGGAAGUUCAGCCAGGAUGGAUGUCCUUGUAUGUCUCCUUCAUCCAGGACUAUAAUCUGGUCAUUUUCUGCUACAGAUGUGUUGCUGAGCCUAGAAAAAUAGAGUCGGGAGGAUCCACCUCUUAUCGUCUUGUUUUGGAGUCUGAGGUUCGAGGAGUUGAGCUCGGUGUUGCAGUGGGUGCCAGUGUUGCAGUGAGUGCCAGUGUUGCAGUGGGUGCCAGUGUUGCAGUGAGUGCCAGUGUUGCAGUGGGUGCCAGUGUUGCAGGCAGUGCCAGUGUUGCAGUGGGUGCCAGUGUUGCAGGAAGUGCCAGUGUUGCAGGCAGUGCCAGUGUUGCAGGCAGUGCCAGAGUUGCAAGCAGUGCCAGUGUUGCAGGCAGUGUCAAUGUUGCAGUGAGUGCCAGUGUUGCAGUGGGUGCCAGUGUUGCAGGCAGUGUUGCAGUGGGUGCCAGUGUUGCAGGCAGUGUCAAUGUUGCAGCGAGUGCCAGUGUUGCAGGAAGUGCCAGUGUUGCAGGCAGUGCCAGUGUUGCAGUGGGUGCCAGUGUUGCAGGCAGUGCCAGAGUUGCAAGCAGUGCCAGUGUUGCAGGCAGUGUCAAUGUUGUAGUGGGUUCCAGUGUUGCAGGCAGUGUUGCAGUGGGUGCCAGUGUUGCAGUGGGUGUCAGUGUUGCAGGCAGUGCCAAUGUUGCAGUGGGUGCCAGUGUUGCAGUGGGUGUCAGUGUUGCAGGAAGUGCCAAUGUUGCAGGCAGUGCCAGUGUUGCAGUCAGUGCCAGUGUUGCAGGAAGUGCCAGUGUUGCAAGCAGUGCCAGUGUUGCAAGCAGUGCCAGUGUUGCAGGCAGUGUCAGUGUUGCAAGCAGUGCCAGUGUUGCAAGCAGUGCCAGUGUUGCAGGAAGUGCCAGUGUUGCAGGCAGUGCCAGUGUUGCAGGCAGUGCCAGUGUUGCAGGCAGUGCCAGUGUUGCAAGCAGUGCCAGUGUUGCAAGCAGUGCCAGUGUUGCAAGCAGUGCCAGUGUUGCAGGCAGUGCCAGUGUUGCAGGAAGUGCCAGUGUUGCAGGCAGUGCCAGUGUUGCAGGCAGUGCCAGUGUUGCAGGCAGUGCCAGUGUUGCCAUGGAUGUUGUUACAUUGGAUGUUGCUAAGAGUGCAACAUUUUCACCCUGA